AAGUACAGAAGCGAGGGUUGGACUUAAGCUGGUACUGAUUCCUACGAGGGGCGGAGCUAUCCGUCUAGUCUCCGGUUGGCUGAGGCGAGGAAAGAAUCCGGGACUCUGGGCCUGAUUGACAGCUGCGGGGCGGGGCUUCAAGCAGCAUGGCGGCAGCUGCAGCUGCUGUGACUGUAGGCCGAGGGCUGCGCCCGGCACCUUCUGCUUGGCAACUCCGGGGCCCGUGCGCAGGCCGCGGGAGGCUGUUAUGUCCCGUCACCUGCGGAAGGGGCGCGCCGGCGGUAGCCGUGGCUGCUGCUUCUAACCGUUCGGGGACCGGCGAAGAGGAACGCUACUGCAUGGAGUUGCUGCGGAAACGUGACUAUGAAGGCCUCCUCUGUUCAUUACUGUUGCCUGCAGAGUCCCGUCCCUCUGCUUUUGCUCUGAGAGCCUUCAAUGUAGAACUUGCUCAGAUUAAAGAUUCUGUAACUCAGAAGACCAUUGGCUUGAUGCGACUACAGUUUUGGAGGAAAGCAGUGGAAGACAUGUACCAUGACAGCCCACCAGAACAACCAGUUGCUAUAUUGCUGUGGAAGGCAAUCAAGAGGCAAAAGUUGACGAAAAGGUGGCUUAUGAAGAUUAUUGAUGAACGGGAAAAAAAUCUGGAUGAUAGAGCAUAUCGGGAUAUCAGUGAACUUGAAGCAUAUGCUGAAAAUACUCAGAGUACUCUCCUGUAUCUGACACUGGAAACACUAGGUGUAAAGGAUAUCCAUGCAGACCACGCUGCCAGUCACAUUGGGAAGGCCCAAGGCAUUGUAACCUGUUUAAGAGCAACUCCAUUCCAUGCUAGCAGAGGGAAGGUGUUUCUGCCCAUGGACAUAUGUAUGCUGCAUGGUGUUUCACAAGAGGAUUUCAUAAGACGUAAACAGGAAAAGAAAGUGAGAGAUGUAAUAUAUGAUGUUGCCAGUCAGGCACAUGUACAUCUGGAACACGCUAGGUCCUUCAGGAAGAAUGUUCCUGUUAAAGCAUUUCCUGCCUUUCUCUAUACCGCUGCUCUUGAGGAUUAUUUAAAUAAAAUACAAAAAGUUGACUUUGAUAUAUUUCAUCCAAGUUUGCACAGGAAGAGCACUUUGCUGCCUUUGCAUUUGUAUAUUAGAUCCUGGAGAAAAACAUAUUAAAGCAUAUUUAACAUGA